AUGGUGUUACUGGUUCACAUUUUCAUGGCUCCAUCUAUGCUUUACCUUUUAAUCCUUAUUCCAUUGGUGUCUUCCACAUCAAACCAGGUUCUCAAUCACCACUCCAUGCAAAAUGGUUUUCGAGUCAGCCUAUCCCACAUCGAUUCUAGCCACAAUUUCUCCAAAUUACAACUUGUCCAACGUUCACUCAACCGCGCCAAAAACAGGCUACAGAGGCUAGCUUCAAUGGCCGCCACCGGACCCGGCAACGGAGUCGAAGCCCCGGUCCAUGCCGGCAACGGAGAGUUCCUCAUGAACGUGUCGAUCGGAACUCCGGCGAUACCCUUUUCGAUGAUAAUGGACACCGGGAGUGACUUGAUAUGGACGCAAUGCAGCCCAUGCACAAAGUGUUUCAAGCAACCCACUCCGGUUUUCAAUCCGGCCAAGUCCUCUACGUGGUCUAAUGUUUCAUGUUCUAGUGAUUUAUGCAAGGACAUGAACAUAUUCAAGUGUGAAAAUGGUUGUAAAUAUUUGUAUUUGUAUGGCGACCAAUCGUCCACGGAAGGGUUCAUGGCCAUGGACACCUUCACAUUUGAGGACUCAUUGAAGCAAGUUGUGCCCAUACCUAAAAUAGGGUUUGGUUGCGGUGUGAACAACCAAGGGUCAGGGUUGGGCCAAGGGUCAGGACUAGUGGGACUAGGGCGUGGACCAUUGUCACUCGCAUCACAGCUUGGUGUCACAAAAUUCUCAUACUGUUUAACCUCUAUGGGUGGUAACCAAACUAGUUCUAGUACUCUUCUUUUAGGCUCACUAGCUGAUUUGAACUAUACCAGUGGUGCAAAUCAUGGUACACAAGUCACACCACUAGUACAGAAUCCUUAUCUACCUACAUUUUAUUACAUAUCACUGGAAGGGAUCACAGUUGGUGAAACCCUAUUACCCAUAUCGAAUUCGUUGUUCAAAUUGAAGGAAGAUGGCAGCGGUGGGAUGAUAAUUGAUUCCGGGACAACGAUAACGUAUCUCUUUAAGGAGGCUUUUGAUGUGCUGAAGGAGGAGUUCAUGUCACAGAUGAAGCUUAGGGUGUCAGGGUCAUCGGACACUACCGGACUUGAUCUGUGCUUCGAUUUGCCAACGAAAAAUGUUACUGAGAUUAUGGUGCCGAAGCUGAAGUUUCACUUCACGGGGUUGGAUUUGGAGCUGCCAGUGGAGAAUUAUAUGAUUGCUGAUGAGAGCUUGGGGUUGGUGUGUUUGGCUAUGGGAGCUUCGGGUGCAAUGUCGAUAUUCGGGAACAUUCAGCAGCAGAACUUGCUGGUUCUUCAUGAUCUUGAGAAGGAGACUCUGUCUUUUGUACCCACUCAAUGUGAACAGUUGUAA